AUGUGGUUCACAAAAAACCUCAUUACUCCUUUAUUAACAUUGGCAAUAGCGGUGGACAACACGAUCGCAAAUGUGCACUUUUGCUAUGAUUCAAGUUUCGAAGGUUUCAGGCUAAAUACAGCAAUUCACUCAACCGUAUUUGUGUAUGAUUGGGUUGACUGUGCUGGGGAGUGCCUCAAAGAACCCUGUUGCAGAUCAAUCAACUUUAAGAAAGAAUUAAUCUUACAAAAUUCAGAAGAUUAUAAUUGCGAAAUGUUGCACAAUGUCAUCACCAAUGUAUCAAAGAACUUGUUGGAACCAAAUUCGUCCUACGAUUACGUAUUUAUUCAUAACCCAAAAAAGGACUAUAAUGCAAGUUGCAUAAUUCCAAAAGCGAAUGGAGAACAGAUCAUGGGGCGGCUAAUGGAAGAUUGAAUUUCACACC